UCUUCACUAUUCUUCUUCUUGUUUCUUUUACUGCAGUGGAGAGAGAUGGGAGAGAAUAGCAGUGUUAAUCUUCCUCCAGGAUUCAGGUUUUGUCCAACUGAUGAAGAGCUUGUGGUUCAUUUCCUUCAACGCAAGGCUGCCCUGUUGCCUUGCCACCCUGAUGUCAUCCCUGAUCUUGAACUCUAUCCCCAUGAUCCUUGGGAACUUGAUGGCAAAGCUUUGGGUGAGGGGAACCAAUGGUACUUUUACAGUAGAAGGACGCAAAAAAGGAUUACCGGCAAUGGGUACUGGAAGCCAAUGGGAAUAGAAGAAGAUGUUAUUAAUAGCAGGAGCAAGAAAGUUGGUAUGAAAAAGUAUUUGGUUUUCUACAUUGGAGAGGGCCCGGCUGCCAUCAAAACCAAUUGGAUAAUGCAGGAGUAUCGUCUUUCCAAGUCUGAUUCUAGCUCCACCAAAUCAUCCAAACGCCGAGGACAUUCCAAAGUAGAUUAUAGCAAGUGGGUUGUAUGUCGAGUUUAUGAAAGAAAUUGUAGUGAAGACGAAGAUGAUGGUGAUGAUGAUGAUGAUGGAACACAACUGUCAUGCUUGGAUGAAGUGUUUCUAUCUUUGGAUGAUAUGGAUGAAAUAAGCUUGCCAUUCAACUAGCUAAUUGGAGGAGCAAAUAUCUGGGAAGAUCUUAGCUAGAUAGGGUUAAUUCCAUUUCCAUCAAAAAAGCUUUAUCCAAAUGUAGAAUGUUGACAAUAUUGUGUUUCUUGGGAAAUGAUAUUACUGUAGCUAAGUAUAUUAAUGCUACGGACUGGACUAUAUAGACUAUAUUAUAUAUAUGGCAUUGUAUAUUUCUGGAA